AUGGCCACUGACGAGGGAAAUGUAGAAUUGAGAACAGCACAGCUUGUCCUUCUGCCUGAGACUAAGUUUAAAAAAGAUAAGCAAAGCAAAGAUUCUAUCUUCUUCCGAGAUGGGAUUAGGCAAAUUGAUUUUGUGCUUUCCUAUGUUGAUGAUAUAAAGAAAGACGCAGACCUAAAGGCGGAAAGAAGAAAAGAAUUUGAAUAUAACCUCAGAAAAACAGGUCUUGAAUUGGAAAUUGAAGACAAAACGAACUCGGAAGAUGGACGAACUUACUUUGUCAAGAUCCAUGCCCCGUGGGAGGUCUUAGCCACGUAUGCUGAAGUGUUGGGAAUCAAAAUGCCUAUUAAGGAGAGUGAUAUUCCUCGACCUGAGAAAAUCCCCUUUAGCUACAUGCUCGGGCCUCUGAGGCUGCCGAGGAAUGUGAAGCAUCCGCAUCCUGAGUAUUUCACUGCCCAGUUCACCAGAUAUCGCCAGGAACUCUUCCUCAUUGAUGACAAGUCAACCUUCUUUCCAUCCUCAUCAAGGAACAGAAUUGUUUAUUAUAUUCUCUCGCGGUGUCCUUUUGGCAUAGAAGAUGGGAAGAAAAAGUUUGGGAUUGAAAGACUGCUGACUUCCCACACUUACUCGUCUGCCUAUCCACUCCAUGAUGGUCAAUACUGGAAGCCAUCAGAACCCCCUUAUCCUGUCAAUGAAAGGUACAUGCUUUGCCAGAACUGGGCUCGGUUUUCCUAUUUUUACAAGGAGCAGCCUUUAGAUUUGAUUAGGAAUUACUAUGGAGAAAAAAUUGGCAUCUAUUUUGUCUUUCUCGGAUUUUACACAGAAAUGCUGUUGUUUGCAGCUAUAGUCGGCUUAGCCUGUUUCAUUUAUGGCUUAUUAUCAAUGCAUGGCAGCACAAGAAGCACUGAAAUCUGUGACCCUGAGACUGGAGGUCAGAUUAUCAUGUGCCCUCUCUGUGAUCUAGUGUGUGAUUAUUGGAGACUAAAUUCUACGUGUUUGGCUUCAAAGGUCUCCCAUUUGUUUGAUAAUGAGUCAACAGUGUUCUUUGCAAUAUUCAUGGGAAUUUGGGUCACACUGUUUCUGGAGUUUUGGAAACAGCGACAAGCUAGACUGGAAUACGAGUGGGACCUGGUGGACUUUGAAGAAGAACAGCAGCAGCUACAGCUCAGACCUGAAUUUGAGGCUAUGUGUAAACACAGGAAAAUGAACCCAGUGACUAAGGAGAUGGAACCUUACAUGCCUCUACAUCAUCGUAUUUCAUGGUACUUUUUAUCAGGAGCCACGGUGACAUUAUGGAUGGCUCUCGUCAUUGCGAGCAUGGUGGCCGUGAUUGUGUACCGCCUGUCAGUCUUUGCCACAUUUGCCAGCUUCAUGGAAAGUGAAGCAUCCUUAAAGCAUGUCAAAAGUGUCCUCACUCCUCAGAUAGCCACAUCACUCUCUGGAUCCUGCUUGAACUUCAUUGUCAUCUUGAUCUUGAAUUUCUUUUAUGAAAAGAUAUCUGCCUGGAUUACAAAAAUGGAAAUCCCCCGAACGUACCAGGAGUAUGAAAGCAGUCUGACCUUGAAAAUGUUCCUGUUUCAGUUUGUAAAUUUUUACUCAUCCUGCUUCUACGUAGCUUUCUUUAAAGGGAAGUUUGUGGGCUAUCCCGGAGAAUACACGUAUUUGUUUAAUGUGUGGAGAAGUGAGGAGUGUGAUCCUGGAGGAUGUCUAAUAGAAUUGACCACCCAGUUGACCAUCAUAAUGACUGGGAAACAGAUCUUUGGAAACAUUAAAGAAGUCAUUUACCCCUUUGCUCUGAACUGGUGGAGACGCCGAAAAGCUCGGACCAACUCUGAAAAACUAUACAGUCGAUGGGAGCAGGAUCAUGACCUUGAAAGUUUUGGAUCUCUUGGACUAUUCUAUGAAUACUUAGAAACAGUUAUCCAGUUUGGAUUUGUGACAUUAUUUGUGGCCUCUUUUCCUUUGGCUCCUCUUCUUGCUCUCUUGAAUAAUGCCAUCGAGAUCCGAGUGGAUGCCUGGAAACUUACUACUCAGUACAGGAGACCUGUCGCUGCUAAAGCUCACAGCAUAGGCGUUUGGCAAGACAUUCUUUAUGGAAUGGCUGUCCUUUCUGUUGCCAGUAAUGCUUUUAUUGUUGCAUUUACAUCGGACAUCAUUCCCCGCUUAGUGUACUACUAUGCCUACUCAACAAAUACCAGUGAGCCUCUGAAAGGAUACGUCAAUAACAGCCUGUCCGUAUUCCUCAUAGCUGACUUACCAAACCACACCGCGCCUUCGGAGAGACGAGACUUCACCACUUGCAGGUAUAGAGAUUACAGAUAUCCCCCUAAUCACGAUCAGAAGUACGCUCAUAAUAUGCAGUACUGGCACGUCCUUGCUGCCAAGAUGACCUUCAUCAUAGUUAUGGAACACAUUGUGUUCUUAGUUAAAUUUUUGUUGGCCUGGAUGAUCCCUGAUGUUCCAAAAGACGUUCAGGAGAGAAUCAAGCGAGAGAAGUUAAUGACUGUCAAGAUUCUCCAUGACUUUGAGCUUAACAAAUUAAAAGAGAACCUGCAAAUGGAUGCUAAUGAAUUUGCCAAGGAAGUCAUGAUUCAGGAAAACAAAGUACAGCUGGCUAAAUCAACCAUCUAGUCGCCAUAAUGAGCAAACAGCUGGUUGCCUGUCUGGCUUCACGGUUUUCCCUGGGUUGGGGCCGGAGGCCAGAAGCCAUGUGUCCAUUUUAUCCCUUCUUCUUUUUCUUAACUCAGAGUUUUUGUACACUUUUAUAGAGGCCAACUUUGAGGUUGGAAGUGUACCACUUGUGUGCUCCAUUGGCUGGGUCCUCCCUAGAUGUUGAUUCCUGGGAUUCUGUAAAUGAUUGUUCAAAGUGCAUGUGGAAUCAGAAUAUUGGAAAAUCAUCGAAUGUUGCAGAUGCACUGGACCUGUGCUGUCCCAUCACCUUCCAGUGCAUCUGCACAUUUUCAUGGUCUUUGAGUGGGUUGUUUUAUAUCUCUUUUCCAUCAAGAAAAGUGUUGGGACAAAAAGUAAAGAAGCGAACGAGCCUAAUGAGUCACUUUAUUCUGCCAUUUUACACUACACAAAUGAAAAAACAAAAUCAGAUGACAUAAGAAAACGCCCAUAUUAAAAAUAUUGGGUAAAUCUCAUAGCGACGGUGUGUUUCUGAAAUUGUCCUGAAUAAAUUAAACUUCUGUCAGAAUUCCAGGUGGUCCUUCCGGGUAAAUGCAGAAUUGAUUUUUCAAGAGACUUUGGGUUUCAAAUGCUUGGAUUUCAACAAAAGACCAAGUCAACAAUUUAAAGAUAACAUUUUGGUGACAGUAGUUUCAAAACUAGAUUGUCUUGUCUGGAAAAGAACAUUAAGUUAUUAGAUUGCUGAAGGUCUUCACAUAAAUGAAAGAUAUUAUAGAAUAGUAAAUGUCUCUUUUUAGUAGUUAAGGAAUGCAAGACAAUGUAUAUUGAUCAAUUUAUUGAUCUUAAUAUAAAAAAAGUCUUUGAAUUAUCUUAAGAAAUUACUUGUCUUCUACAAUGCCUGUUUUACAUUAUGAAACCUGUUAGAGCAUUAUCUAUUUGUAUAAGUUAGGUACAAGUUCUUUAUGAAAUUUAAUCUCUUUGUUUAAAGCCAUCUCAAAUCUUUUAAUGAGUUUACAAUCUUUUCUGUGAUUCAUCCCUUCAUACGUACUCAGUGCCUUGUCCCUAUGCCUUUGACACACAAGUGGUAUUGUGGUGGUUGAUUUGAUGUGAUGUAAAAUCUCAAACGUGAGCCGGCUUUAGAGAAAUUGGCAGUUUAACAUCAAGAGUUUAAUACCAAAAAUGGAUCAACUAAGUAAGAAGAAGGUGGUAGAUUUGAUAGCUAAUUGAAAAAAAUUUUUGUUGACUAGUUUCUCUCAUACUUAGUCCUAUGCCACAUGUACACUAGUUCCUGUUCUUUCCCUUAAAAAAUUGCUUCAUUUAUAUUUUUAACACUAUAGAGUGAGAGAUACACGUCAAUUAUAUAUUAUUCGAAUCUCUAGUUUCAAAUUACAGUUCAGUUCCAAAAGAAGAGUGUUUUUAAUUGCACAUGAAAGAAGAAACUUUAUCACAAGAUUUUUUUUGAAGUGUUUCAUUAUUUGAUGCUAAUAUAUUUUUGUGGCAUUAUCAGUAUUAAGAACUGAAGAUUAUGAAUUUUCUAAAACCAUGAGACAGUUUCCCCAAUAUUGGCAGUAAUGAUUUGCCCUCCACUGGGUAAAUUUUAUGAAUAUCUUUGUGUAAUUUGGAAUGAUUUCAUUAUUGAAGCAUGAUUUCACCUGUGGAGGAGAUAUAUUUCUUGGUUGAGCAAACCUAUCAGUAUUACUAUGAAAUAAGCCACCAAUGCAGUAUCUUUGACUUGUUAAAUCAAACUUGGUGUUAUUACAAUAUUGCACAUCGUGCACUGCUCAUAUUGCUUUCUUCCUGGGUGCUAACAAAAAUGAGUGUGGAAAUUGGUUUCUUAGAGCUGUUAAUUUGUUUAGACUAACAGUAUUUAUAGAGCUAGAUUGUAAGAAAAUACAAUCUUCUGUACACUACAAUCUAAACCAACUCAAACGUCCGAUUUCUAGGAUGUAUGGAGAGAAUAAGAGAGAAAAUAGUUUUUAAGAUCAGUUAAUAGUUCCUAUGAUUGGUAGAUAGUCUCCUUUUAAAAUAUUAUCAAUAAAUACCUUGUGUUUAUGUUUCAAUUUUCUACCAAGAUUUUUCCCCUUAUUUCACAGAUUUUAAAAUGAAAUACAAGUAUUCAUCACUUUCCUAAAAGCUUGCCAAAAUCCGAAGCCAAAUCGACCCAGAUAGAUUUGCCUUAUCUAAUUAAACCCAUUGAUUAUUAUGAGAGGGCUGAAUUAAGAGCACUGACCACGUGUAAGUUGAUAGCUGUCAGCAUGGCAGAUGUUUCUAUCAUCCAAUUAAAACCAUAGGGUUUUUUUUGUGGUUUUUUUUUUCAGAAAUGUUCAGGAAGCAUUUCAGGUUGUUUUUUUUUAAAUAAUUUUAAGUGCAAAAGCCCAAAAAUACAUAACUCUUUGCAAAUGUCAUCUCUAAUCCUUGCCUUCGUCAGUUUUUCUUUGAACACAAGAAGCAGAAUCCACUUCAAAACAUUUAUUUUCGAGGAAUCCAUCAAAAAGAAAAUAUCUUAAUUAAGUGGAAUGCGGUCUUAUUUUUGCAGCAUCUCAUGACUCCUCCUGGAUUUAGCAUUCUUUUAUCUAAGCCAUGAAGCAAGUUAUCAAGGAAAAAAAGGCAAGCCAAUGAUAAAGAAGAGAAGGGACAGAGGACGGAGAUAAAAGAGCUCUCACCUUAGAAACCUGUGCAUAUUUCCAUGGCGAUAAAGGUGUGAGGCAGCAUCGUGCAGCCGUGGGGGGAUAAGAGGGAUGUCUCUUUCCUAAGCCAUCUAAUGAGGGUGAGAGAAAAGCCAGAGAUUUCAAGUUGGAAGCUACUGUGUCAUAAGUAAAACGGAUCCCAAAGUGAUUUUAUAGUGAUGAAUGUUAUGUGUAGCCCUGGCUCCCUAUUGAUGGACUCCAGUUGAAGGUGAGGAAUUUGUACUGCUCAUUCAAAAGAGGAGUCUAUUGUUUUGAAAAAAAACUAUUUGUUUUUUAAUGAGUUGUUAUCGUAUCAAAUAAUGUUAUUAAGGAAAAUAGUGUUGCAAGAAGCACCACCGGCCAGGCUUAGAAGUUUGCUACCAUUAUUCAUUAUAAGUAUUAUAUUGAUCCUUUGCUAGACAAAUUAUUACUCUUCUAUUUUAUGUGUAAUAAAAGUAUUUCAGUUUUUCCAGCAUUAUGUAAAAAUUCAUGAGGAUAUUAAAAAGAAUAGCGUGGUUCAAUUGCGUGAGAUACCUGCUUUCCUCCCCAAAAAAUGUUUGACUCGGUACAUCGUUCCUAUGAGUGAUUGUAUGCCAUGCUGUUAACCAAGGAAAUAAGUUCUGCGUUUUCUUUUCUUUCUUUCUUCCGUGUAUGAGUGUGUGUGUGUGAGUGUGUGUAGGAGAGAAAGAGGGCGUGUGAGUGUGCGCGUGUUCACGCAUGCGCGCGAGGAGGUGGGUUUGCAGGUUUGCAGGGAAAGCUGCUCUUAAGUAACAUGAAUCUCAAGAGAUUUAAAUUCAUGCAGUGAAUAAAGUAAUAUUAAUUUUAAACUAUA